AUGGAUACAACCGAUGGUCACACAGAAACUCUACCGAUGUUGGAAGAAAAACAAUUUGUCAAGGAAGAAAAAACAAAACAAGUAAUCGACGGAACAGAAUUUCCAGAUGAACUCGAAAAAAUUGAACGUGAAACUGAACAAAUAAAACGAAUGGCAAAAGCAGAAUGUUACCGUAAAACCGAAUUAAACGGGCGUAACAUAGUAAUCCAAAGAACAAAAGAAAAGAAAGUAGAACUCGAAUGUACUUCAUCCAAAACUAAUCAUUGGUUUUUUCUCAAAUUAUCUUUGGAUUACCCUUGGGAUAUCAAUCUACCUGGUGAUUUGCAAUCGUUUGAUAUCAAUUGUUUAUUAAAAUAUAACAAUUAUUUUAAUGAUAAUAUAUUAAAUUAUGUUGAACAUUUCUUAAAUCAAUUUUCAUUACAUUCGAAGUUAGAAGGAUAUGAAAUUCAACAAGUAAUAUUUGACGAUUUAAUGGUUAACAUAUUAAAUACAUUUAAUAAUGCUACAUCAUUGAAAUAUUUAUGUACUUAUUCAGGCUAUCUAGGAUCUGAUUAUCAUACUGAUUGUGCAUUUAUAUAUAAAAAGAUAAAUAUCGACAUUCAUAAUGAAUAUGGAGUUUUGAAAGAUUUCGUUGUUUGUGUUGGCAAUUUACAGUCUCCAAAUGAAUCUUUAUCAGAAACAUCAAUCAUUGAAGAAAUGUUAAGAAAUAUGAGAGCUAUAUUAUCAGUGCAACGUCGUAAAAAGAUAUAUGGUUUUCUAUGUAAUUAUUUACAUAUAAAAUUUUUUUACAUUGAAACGGACUUGGAUUUAAAUUCAUAUGGACUUUUUCAAAGCCAAGAAUUAGAAAUGUUUAGUUAUUCGUCUGAAACAUUAUCGGCUACUGAUAAAUCAAGAAAAUUAUGUGUUAAUAAAGAUACGUGGGCAAUAUUUACAAAAUUCUUAACAAUGAAUAGUGAAUUUUAUGAAUAUACAAGAUUGAAUAUAGAUCCUCAUGAUGAUUUGCUCGCUGAUCAAUAUCACAUUAUAAAAGAGUUAGGAAAUGGUUUAACAUCAAUGAUUUAUUUAUUAGAAGAAAAUAAAAAUGAAUAUUCAGCUGAAGAUUCACCAAAUCAUGUAAUGAGAAUAUUAAAAGAAAGUGAAGAUUCAUAUUUAUUUUCAAACGAAAUAAAAAUAAUAGAACAUUUAAAACAAUUUAAUGAUUCAAGCAAAUUUCAAUUAUUUUUUCAAGAUAUUCUACGUCCAUCAUGUCUAGAUAAAUAUCUGUUGUAUGAAAAAGAAUUGCAACGUAUAGAGACAUUAUCAUUAAUGCAUUCGAAACAACUAAUUGAUAUCAUGAAAUAUUUAUAUGAUUGUCAUAUUAUUCAUCGUCAUGUACGCCCAGAAAAUUUAAUGUUAGAUAAAGAUACUAGUCAUAUAAAAUUAAUCGAUUUCACUUUUGCCAUUACAUAUGAUGUGGAUGGCAAGGCAGGCAGCAUAGGCGUAACAGAUACAAUUGCAUAUGCUGGUCAUGAAUUUUUAGAAUAUUAUUCACAAUUAUUAUUUGGAUCACGUUUACCAAAUUAUCGUUAUGAACGAACAUUUGAUUUAAAAUGUGCAUUGAAUGUUAUAAUGGCUUUGAAUGAUGUUCUUAUUCUAGCAAAGAUUUACAAAAUUGAAACAUCAAUCGAUAUUCACCAGAUCACGUUAGAAGCAUUACAUUUUUGGCUAGAUCUUCGACGGGCAAAUAAAGAUUAUUCAAAUCUAGUCAAUUUAAUAAGCAACUUACAUGAAUCAUCAACUUUUGAUGUUUUAAAAACAGAAAUAGAAAAAGUUUUCAAUUGCUGA